CGGUGCGUAGCGGGGUGUGGCCUUCCGCGCUUGCCGUAGCCCGAGAUGGCGGAGUAUUCCUGCGUGAAAUCCACCAAGCUCGUCCUCAAAGGGGCGAAGGAGAAAAGCAAGAAAAAACACAAGGCGAAGAAAAGGAAAAGGGAAGAGGAUGCGGCAGAACAGCUUGAUAUUGUUGGAAACUGGUGGGCUGUCAGUAAUUUUGGUGAAAUUACAGGAACUAUAGCUAUAGAAAUGGAUAAAGGAGCUUACAUCCAUGCCCUUGACAAUGGCUUGUUUACACUUGGAGCACCACAUAAAGAUGAUGAAGGCCCUAGUCCUCCUGAACAAUUUACAGCAGUAAAGUUGUCUGAUACAAGGAUUGCUCUGAAGUCAGGCUAUGGCAAAUACCUGGGAAUAAAUUCAGAUGGACUUGUUAUUGGCCGUUCAGAUGCAAUAGGUGCAAGAGAGCAAUGGGAACCUGUAUUCCAAGAUAAGAAAAUGGCAUUAUUAGCAGCAAACAGCCGUUUUAUUAGGUGCAAUGAAGAGGGAGACAUAGAAGCCAAAAGCAAAACUGCAGGGGAAGAGGAAAUGAUAAAGAUUCGUACUUGUGCUGAAAGAGAGGCUAAGAAGAAAGAUGAUGUUCCACAAGAAGACAAAGGAAAUGUUAAACAGUGUGAAAUCAAUUAUGUAAAGAAAUUCCAAAGUUUUCAAGACAAAAAGCUUAAAAUAAGCAAAGAAGACACAAAAGCCCUCAGAAAAGCCAGGAAAGAAGGCACUUUUCAUGAAAUGCUUCUGGACAGGAGAGCAAAAGUGAAAGCAGAUAGAUACUGCAAGUGACAACCAGCGGGUCCAUUUUCUUCUGCAUCUUUGAUGAUAGGCUCAAGCUGAAAGCAAGAGUAAAAUGUUUUGUAAUUAUUUCUUAUUGAAGACAUUUUGCUGAUGUUUUUAUUACAUUAUUUUUAAAGGAUCACCGAAGAGCUAAUAAUUAAGCAUCAAAGUCAAGUCAUCUAUCAGUAGUAAAUACUAUUAAGUUUACUCUAAAACUACAUGCUGUUGAAACAGUGAGGUAAUUAAUAGAAAAGAAUCUUCCAAGGUUAGUGAAAAGAAGCUGAACGUAGAGGUGGGGCAGAAGACAUUAUGGGCAGAAGGGAACAGUGCUGAAGUUCAAAAGAAAAAUAUGGGUAACACACUGAACUCUUAAUAAAUAUGUAACUGUAUUGAACAGGAAGAAAUAAUUAAAAAUACUCAGCCAGAUCCUGAGUAGGACAUCUGUGGAGGCAUUCUACACUGCAUCAGGUGAGGUCUGGGCCAGAAUAUUCAGGCUUCAUAAAGCAGACCCAUUGUUCAAGUUGGUAAGUGGCAUAAUUGUUAUGCUGGAAAACAAAAGUGCUGAGAAGGCACAAGAGCCCUAUUACAAAUGAAAAUGUGGGUGCUUCAUAAGAAAAGGUGAUGGCUCUUUUUUGUUAGCAGGCAGCUUAUUUUGCAAAAGGGAAAAAUUGAUUUUUGCAAUUUUGUUUCUCUACAGCAUGGACUUUGUUUAAUAAAACAGCAGAGGUCACCUUUUUAAUGUCACAGUAUAAUAUGCAUUCCUGCUAUCUUGUAUAAAAUAUGGUUGUCUGUGUCUGUUCUGAUUACCAAGAAGCUUUUCAGUAACAUCUCCAUGGGAACUACCUCAGUCAGAAAAUUGCUCACUCUUUACACAGCUUCUCUAAUCUGCUUCAUACAGGCUACCUGCUAGCACUAUUGAGGAUUUUUAUGGUAAUAAUGUGAGUUGUCUCUGUGGAGCUUCAAGCUGUGAAUUUGAAGUGCACACAUAGUUCAAAACUGUAAGCUCAUGCAAGAUAAUGACAUGUCUAAAAAGAGCAUAAAAACAGACUAAUAGAGUCUAGUGAGUAAUGGCAAUUUAUAUUGGUCUAAUUUCAUUGGCAGUUUGUCUUGAAGAAGCACCAUGAAGAAUUUAGGUAUGUCAUAACUGUUUAAACUCUCUCUUGACUUUUCAUGUGAGCAUGCAAACAAGUGCCAGCUGGUUAGGGAAGGAUAGCUGAGGUUAACAAUAAAAGCAUUUAUUUUUCAAGGAAUUUAUAAAAAUGUGGGUAUAGCCCAUACAGAUUUUAUGCAGCCAAAAGAAGAAACUCCACUGGCUGGGCACAUCGAGGCUGUAACACAGGGAUUCUUAGAACUCAUUUGUUCCCAGAGAAGCAAACAGAUCUAAAUGUUUCUUUGAUGGCAUUUUUAAACAAUCCAUACCUAGCUCUGUCCCACUGAGUAUAGACACUUGCCAAAGGGCUUUUUUCCUCUAAGGCAAUAGAAUUUUUGUUUCAUACCAUCUAAACCUAGUAUUUAUGUAACACCUAUUUUACAUGAAUAGGCACACUCCUUUUCCAUUCACUUCAUCCACACACUCCUUGAAUAAAGAGCUGUUACGAAGUGAAUGCCUUUUCUUCCUACUUUAGCUUUUUCUGGUGAGGGAGAUACUAAAUGAGAAAUCAAAAUGCCCCCUUUGGGGAGCUGUUUUGGACAACUAUGUUGGGACUGUUGUGCUUGUAACUUUAUAUGAACAAAUUCUUGGAGACCUUCCUAACAUUCCAACUUCUCCAUAAGAUUUUUUUAUGUCAGUGCUGGUAGAAGUUAUAGCAAUGCUGAGAAAUUAAAGGUAAACUCUACACUGAAUGAAUAAUAAUAAUUUUUAAAAUAAAUUAUCAGAUGAGAAUUUUGCCCUUAGUUUUCAGACAUACAAAAAAACUACCAGUAGCUGUGUUUUCUGAACUUCUAGAGAACUGCCUUUUCUCCCAUAUCUCUUAUGACUUAUCUCAUUACUAUUUCAGGAAAUAAGGUUAACCAAAAUGUUAUGGUAUCAGAUGGUCAUGUAAACUGAUCAAUGCUGGGAAUGUCAGCAUGUUUGUAGUGAAGAAUGCAUUAAAACAUUUUCAUAAAAACCCUAUUAUUAGCAAAA